AUGGUCCGCCCUCAGGUGCUUGCGCGCGCUGUGCGCUCCGGCCCUUCGCGCCUGUUCGCCCGCGCCGAGUCGACUUCGGCCCCUCCGUCAAGCUUCAAGCCCGCCCUGCCCGCGGGACAGGACCAGGCCUACGACCUCGCCCUCGAAUACAUUGCGGAGCAGACGGCGAAGAAGCAGGCUCGCGCCCAGGAGUUCCAGGCCAAGGUCGGCGCCAACCCGACGCCGGAGCAGGCUCAGCGGAUAGCGCGCAUGCAGGUCGAAGCCAUGCUCGACGACCCCGCGACGCGGCGCGAGUUCUCCGAGAACGGCGGCAAGGGCCAGAUGGACCGCCCGGUCAUGCGCCAUCUCGCGAGGCAGGCGUGGACGCGCGCCGGCGAGCUCGACCUCGUCAUGCAGCGUGUGUACCAGCUCGGCAUCGUUCCCGACCUCCUUCCCGACGUUUCGCAGCGCGGCGCCCUGCGCAUCGAGGGCAUUGAGGCCGGCACGAUCCUUCCCCCGUCGCAGCUCGCGAACCCGCCCAAGGUCUCGCUCCAGUUCUUUGACCAGCCGCCUGGUGUCUCCCCCCUCGCCCCCGUCGACACCAAGGCACUGUACACGCUCCUCAUCGUCGACGCCGACAUUCCCAACCACGAGACGGCCUCGUACGAGCAGCGCCUCCUCUACGCCAAGAGCGACAUCCCGCUGUCGAUCCUCUCCGGCGAGGUCGACCUGAUCACCGGCCCCGGAAACGAGUUUGUGUCCUACGAGCCGCCCGUCCCCUGCUCCGGCUCCGGCAAGCAUCGCUGCGCCUUCAUCGUGCUUGCCCAGAAGGAGAACGGCGGCACGAUGUCGUCUGAGCGUGCCAACUUCAACCUGCGUGCGUUCCUCGAGUCUGCCGGCCUCACCGCCAAGGACGUCGCUGCCGCCUCCGUCAUCCGCUCCGAGUGGACCAAGGAGGACAGGAAGUACGUCAACGAGACGUACGAGCGCAUCCACGGUGUCCCCGCCCCCGUCUACGGCAAGGCGCCCCGGGACCUCCGCUACGGCUACCCGCUGUCGGCCAAGGCGCAGCGCGUCGCCGACGCCCGCGCCGCUGCGUGGGACGAGGCUAUCGCCAAGAUGCAGGCGUUCGAGGAGGGCGAGCCGGAACAGCCCCAGCAGGCUUAA